ACAAUUUCGCUUCGGCUACUUCGUUCCGUCGUUCGGUUGUUUCUCCCUCUUAUUUACUUAUAUUGGAAUAGAUUUGAUAGACUUUUUAUCGUUAGUGAAGAAAUUAACUGGUGCAUCUUCUAAUAUGAACAAAACAAGCGCGCCCAUGGAGCGUAUUCAAGCUUUGGAUGCCAUUGAGAAAGAUAUCAUCACCUGUCUUCAAGCUGCAGGUUUUCACGCGAAAAAUCAAACUUCUCAGAAACAAUUCACACCAACAAAAACACGCAAACUCCAAGGAUCAGGCUACGCUUCUCAGAAAGUCCUGCAGAUGGCGUGGCACAGACUUGAACAUGUUCGGAGUAGGGUGAUGGAGCUAGACAGGAUCAGUCGAAUAAACAAGGAACGCAUGAAUCAAAGUCAAGAACGAAUGAAUCAAGCUCCUCCGCCACCAGGUCCAAAACAGUGAUUUUUGAAAGCGACACCAACAAUCACAAUUUCUGUGAAGCAUUUUGCGCCUUUUUGAUGUUAUCUUGAGUUAUACCAAUUUGUUCCUUCAAGGUGUUUUAACGCUGAAGCAAUUGUUGAAAUUGAUCAGCGGGUCUGAGGUGCUUGGAAAAACACAUCAUUAAAUGUCACUCAUUUUAACUUUUUUUGCCAUUUACAUCUGAAAGACGAUUUGUUAGUUUGUGCUGUUGUGAACUAUUUAUGCAUUUUUAAAAACUCAUUUCAUUGUGGGGUUUAAUGAGUGUAACUUUACGUUAUUUAUGGAAACAGAAUAUGAUAAUUCUAAUUUGUAUUUAUAGUCAAAAGUAUAAGGAUGAACUGAGGCCCUGGUUUGCACACUGAACACCUUAGUGAAAUGAUCAGUAGAGCAGUAGGGUGGCCCAAAUUUGGCAAUGUCAGAAUUUUUUUGGUCUUACCCCCUAG